AUCUUUCUUUCGGCGUCCAUCACGGUGCGGUGAGUUUCCGUACCCGUGAGUUUUAAGGUGAAAAGUGUAGUUUAAUUGCCCUUCAUAUCGAUAAAAUUCUGCUACAGGUGAUUGGCCGUAACGUGUGAAAAAGCGAACUCGUGUGUCGCCGAUAGAAAAAGGAUACCGGAAUUCUGACGCGUGGAAAAGCAAAAUGCCGGCUUCCGGAACAUUUAAACUUUUCAUCGGCAAUGUCGAUGAGAAGACGCAGCCCUCGGAUUUACGUCCAUUAUUCGAAAAGUACGGAACCGUAGUCGAGUGUGAUGUGGUUAAAAAUUACGGCUUCGUGCAUAUGGAAAACGAAGACCAGGGGCGUGAUGCGAUUCAGAACCUUGACGGGUACGUGGUCAAUGGUAAAGCGAUUAAAGUGGAAGCAGCCAGAAACCGUCGCGCGCCGAACACAAACACAACGAAAAUCUUUGUAGGCAAUCUGACCGACGUGACCCGCGCUCCGCAAGUCCGCGAACUGUUUCAAAAGUACGGUACCGUGGUCGAAUGCGAUAUCGUGCGCAACUACGGCUUCGUCCAUUUGGAUCCGACCGGCGACGUGAACGAAGCUAUCCGUGAACUGAACGGCAUGAUGGUGGACGGACAACCGAUGAAGGUACAGGUGUCCACCAGCCGGGUCCGCCCGAAGCCCGGUAUGGGUGAUCCGGAGCAGUGCUACCGCUGUGGCCGCUCCGGGCACUGGUCCAAGGAGUGUCCGCGUCUGCUCUGGUCCGAAUCCAGGUUCCGCGAUCGACCGAUGUACGCCAGGGAUCCGUAUCCACCGCCGCCGCCGCCACCGUUCCUUCGCGAUCGCAUAAUGGAUGGAUUUAGGGACACCUUUGACUACUACGAUCGAUACGAUGACCCGAGGGAUCUGUUCGAGCGGCGAUACGGUAUCCGUGGCCGUGACUUUCCCCCCUUGAGGGCUCGCGAACCGAUGCCACCGAUUCCGCCACUGAUGCGUCGCAGUGCGGUCGAAAGCAGCCGCAGCAGCACCUACGAUUCGAUGUUCAGUCGUCGCACACCGCCACCGACCAGUCGCAACGGCAGCAGCAUUAGCCGUUUCGGUGUCUAUGAGGACUUCAGUCGCGAUUCUUUCGACGACCGCCGACAGGGUCUGCGAGGACCGUCACCCACCCAUCGGUAUGCUCCGUACUGAGAUGAGCUGCAUCCGAUUGGCAAUAGCAGCAACAGCAACAUUGGACGCAGAUAUCAAUCUAUUACCAGCUAUUAUUACGAGACACGAUGAAUGCGCUAGUAAGAAUGGAUGUCUUGUUGCGCGCUGACCCAUCAACAGUUUGAGCAGUGACGAGUUCAAGACAUUAUUCCAAUAUAAAUUGUGUUAGGUCCACAUGCCAUUAGGUACGGUCUUACUCAUAUAUAUUCUAAGCUGUGGCAAUACUAUGUAACAGAAAAACUAAUUUUACAUUGAUACUGUUUAGGUCGUUGAAAACAGCGCGUAAAAAAGCAACUUAACAUCGAUAGAUUUUAUCAUCGCUGUUUCGACCCUUUUAAUUAUCCUUUCAAUGGAUUGAUAAAUUAAUACAAACCUGUAUUUUUAAUAAUCAGCAAACAAAAACCGAGGAAACAGCAUUUUUCCCGUUACUUUCUUUUGCAAAUAAGCUCAGCAACUUUUAUUUGGUAAAAUAAAAAACAAAUCUAUGGAAAUGACAGCACGUAACUGAUUGUUCUAAAUAUAUAUCAUAUGGUAAA